AUGGUUGAUCACGGGAAGGACGCAAGAACACUGAGAAAAUUGGAAGAGGUUAUCCAAUUGACAGAGCAGCAAUAUGAGGACUACCAAAAUGGAGGCUUAAAGAUCACACGGGGAUCUGGCAAGGAAGACAUCAGUAUCCGAGAUACUGCGCACAGAAUACUGGAUGCUACAUUAUCAUUCAAGGACAUCAUCAGCGCCAUUGCAGCUUUUGACCCUACCAACCAUGCAUCAAGUGCUUGGGCAAUUGUGUCACUUGGAUUGACAAUGACAAAGAACCAUAUGGAUAUUCGAGACGCCCUGUUCAAAUCCUCUGAGUUCUUAGCAGACGUCCUUGCUCGGUGCGCCUUCAUCGAGAAAACCCAUUACUGCAACAAUCAAUCUGAAACCAAAGACAAGAUUGAAAAAGCACUUGUUAAGGUCUAUACCACAAAUUUAGGAAAAAGGAUGCUGGAGAGUGUUCCUGCAGUGUCUAACCACCCAAUCAUACAAAUUGAGUCUUCCAUCAAAAAUGAUGAGCAAGCCCUACACCAUUGGGUCCAGAGGAAUGAGCAUCUUCAGCAUCAAAAGAGUGCAGAAGACAUGCUAGACCAAAUUGAUGAGGUGAUUACUUCAAUUCAACAUCUUCACCAGAAACUCGAUCACUCCAACCUACGGAAUGCCGAAGGCGCUUCAUUCGACUCAUACGAGAACCAACAUGACGCUGAAUGCCUUCCUGGAACCAGGGAAGAGAUUCUCCAGCAGAUCAAGCAAUGGGGAAGUUCCGUGCAAGGCCAAUUGGCAAGGAUGCUCAAAGAACAAGGACAAUUAGGAGCAAGCUUUUUCUUCAAAAGAGGUGAAGGUGACCGUAGUAAUGCAAAAAGGCUCUUCUCAACAAUCACAAGACAACUUGUCACUGCAAUCCCCCACCUCACACGUGGUGUCUCAAAUGCCAUUGAUGAUGAUCCUGACAUUUCCACGAAGUCACUCAAAGAACAGUUUAAUAAACUUCUCUUCCAACCGUUUUCUGGCUUGAAUCAAAGUCAGCAUACCACAAAUAUGUUGAUUGUGAUUGACGCAUUAGAUGAGUGUGACAGGGAGGAAGAUAUUCAAGUCCUCCUUGAGCUCUUGCCACAAUUGCAAAAGUUAACUUCAGUGCAUUGGAAGAUUUUUCUGACCAGCAGACCGGAAUUAUCAAUCCAUCAGAGUUUGAAAGGGAUGAAAGACAGUGAGCAUCGAGAUUUCAUCCUCCAUGAAAUUCCUGAAUCAAUGAUAGAACAAGAUAUCUCCACAUUUUUGAAGCACAAACUUUCAGAAAUCAGGGUUAAACGAGAACAAAAUCUGGAAUGGCCUGGAGAAAUUACCACACAAAAUUUGGUUAAGAUAUCUGUGCCAUUAUUCAUCUUCGCUGCAACUAUAUGUCGUCAGCUUGAAGAUCCCCAAUGGGACCCAAAGGAAACGCUUAUUGAAAUUCUUACCUAUCAAAAUGGGAAUGACCUUGAGGGAACAUAUAUGCCAGUACUUGAUCGACUGUUCAUCAAACAGAGUGAACACAAAAAAAAGCGAUUGGUUGAAGAAUUUCAAAAGGUUGUUGGCGCAAUCAUCCUUUUCAAAACACCACUUUCAAUCGCCUCUAUUUCACGUUUAACUGGCGUUCGCAAAAAUUUGAUUGAACUAAGACUGAAUUCACUACAUUCAGUGCUUAGCGUGCCCGAUGACUCGACGAAGCCAGUGAGACUAUUUCAUCUGUCAUUUCGAGACUUCCUUCUUGAUGCGAAUAUACGUGAGAAAACGGAAUGCUGGGUUGAUGAGAAGAAGAAGCAUUCAGAAAUCACACUUCAAUGCCUGAAGGUCAUGCGCGAAGAUUUGAGGAAAAACCUAUGCAAAUUGGAACAUGAUGGUACACAACGGAUAGAGAUUGACCAAUGUUUGAUUGACGAGUCCAUACCACCAGAACUGCAAUACUCAUGUCGCUACUGGGUACAGCAUCUAGAGCAAUGCAAAGACCCUGUGGAAAGGAUGGAUGAUGUUUUUUCAUUUCUCCAAGAGCACUUCCUUUACUGGAUGGAAGCAUUGAGCAUCCUCGGGCUGGCAUCUGAAUUAGUGGGAAUGAUUGACACGACGCGGCAACUCAUACCAGUAAGUAAUCAUAGAAUAGUGUUUGAUUUUGAAUAUUCAAUGCGAUGCUAA